UCUAAUUCAUGAGGCGUCCUUAACCUCAUGUGAGUUUAGUGUAUUCACAUGACUUCAGACGUAUCGACUCUUCUGGAUAUUUGGAUCGGAUGUGAACUAGCUUGAGGUUUACUCGAAAUGGCAUAUAGCUCAUGCUGCACGUAGUCGUAUGUUAUACACUUUUCAAAACAUUCACCUUCCAAACAAAUCUCAUUCGAAUGGAUGCGUAUAUUACAUUGGCGAAAAGGUGUACUGGCUGUAGCUGACCAGAUGCUCUUAUCAAGGAGCUAAGGAAUAAUUGCCCAGCGCCAAGGAGAACUGGACAUCUGUCUGCUUGAUAGGACACGUCCCUUUAUCGAGAAUAACUUUAAGUCACUGACCCUUUUAAUGCGUGGAACCAGAGGGCCCAAAGUACAAUAACAAUACAUUUCCGUUACAAUACUCCACGUACAAUACCCACAUAUUUGUAAACCUGCCGUACAGCGAGUGGCAAUAUUUAUGAUCCUGAAAGAACUCUGUGCCUUUUGAAAUGUUCGAACUUCUCGAUUCCAGUGUAUCAGCUAUACAGAUUUAACUUUAAUCAGGAAUGUCAUCAAAAAUUUAUUAGUAUAUAGGUAUACAUACAUCUGGCCUGUCAUCAUAAUAUAACAACAGUGCCAAACUAAAAUAGAAGUUUAUAAUCCGGAACAAACAAAAACCAGAGACAACAGUAUAACUGUUGUAAACAAUUUGCUCAUCAAUGCAAAAUUAAAGUAAAUAAUGUUUCGUUAACAUCUUAUCGUCACACAAUUCUGUUCAAAGUGUAUUUGUAUAUGAACUAAAAAGACUUUGAAACAGUUUGGUUUCUAAGUCUUAUAAAAUCUAGCUACAUCAUGAAGUUCUUGCGUUUGAGACGUCGGAAAUGUUGUAAGACGACUCUUACUGUAUUAGCAGUCUUUGCAGUUUCUUGUAUAAUAAAUGAGCUGUUUUAUGGCAACUUACAAGAACGUAUGAAGCGAACUAUAUUUCCCGUACAUAAUAUAUCAAAAGAAAACGGAAAUAACGUAGCGAGACAUAUCAGAGAACAUACAACAGAUUUACAUUCUACACAUACCGGAUCAAACGAAAACAAUGUGACGAGUAAUACAGCGAAACGUACCACAUAUUUACGUUCAGAACAUACCGGAUCAAACGAAUACGAAAACAAUGUGACGAGUAACACCAUAAAAAGUACUAGUACCGGAUCGAAAGGAAAAAUAAGCAAUGCGACGGAAAACACCGCACAAAAUAACUCGAUUGUACAGCAGAAAGCGCUUCCCUUUAGUAAGUUUAGAUACCCUCUAGACAUUAACUUCGCGGAAUUAAUCACAAACAUCAGUGAAACAGGUAAAACAGACGUCAAACCCAUCAAUGUUUACCCGUUUACUUACCUUAAACCGAUGGAAGACAUUUGUAAAUCAACGAAGGAAGUUUACCUGUUAUUUCUGAUCAAGUCCGCACCAGAAAAUUUUGAUCAGCGACAAGCUAUCAGAGAAACAUGGGCUAACAAGACUUAUUUUAAACAAGACAUUAUCCGCCAUGUUUUUUUGCUUGCAAGAACUAUGAAUAAAACAAUUAAUGAUCGUCUUGCUCUGGAGGAAGGGAUGUAUAACGACAUCGUCCAGAUGACGUACGUCAAUGCCUAUUACAACAACACUUAUAAAACUAUCGGAGGUAUUAAUUGGUGUGUUAAAUAUUGUCCUAAGGCUCAAUUUGUUAUGAUGGUGGAUGAUGACUUUUACGUUGCCACUGACUUCCUUUUAGAUUAUCUGCAUGGUUUGCCAAAUAGCAUAGUACGCUCACUCUUUGCGGGAUAUAGGGCCGUUGAUCAUCCGCAGAGACGCCGAAAGGAUAAAUGGUAUAUGUCCUUAGAAGAUUAUCCUUUUAAGAAGUAUCCGCCGUUUAUCAGUGCAGGUGCAAUGAUAAUGUCGAUGGAUUUCGUCAAAAAACUCCAGAUUGCUAUCCCGUUUACUAAGAAAUUCAAGUUUGAUGACGUCUUUAUAGCGAUCGUUGCCCAUAAACUUGGUGUUAAACCCAUACACCUUCCAAAAAUCUACAUAAUAAAGCUCAUCGACUUUAAGGAUAAACGAUUCAAAACAAUGGUCGCUUCACAUCGGUACAAAAGUACACAUGCCUUGCGGAAUGCAUGGUAUUAUCAUUUACAAACGGUUAAUUAAAGAGAGUAACAUGUUGCAAAAUAUUAAUUUUGUACUUCAACGCUAGAAUUCUGAUUAAUUACACAUUGCCUGUAAUAUUGUUCACAUGUGUUUUUACUUCAUUCACAUUUAAAGUAAUUUUGAAAAAAUAGCAUACAAAGUGAUACAUAAAUUAGUCAAAACUCUGAUCAAUUUGCAACAGUAUACAUAUGUGUGUACGCUUCACAGAAAAUGCGUUUAUAUAGUUUGUACUUAUAAAUGUACAUACGUUUAUAUGAUUAUCUUAUAAUAAAUCACUUGUCAGCGAAACCGCUUACUUCAUGUGUGAUUGAAAUUGUUAAAGUUCAUAUUUUAGCGGAUUUUUAUUUCAGCGCUUAUAGGUAUAUAUUUAACGAUUAUUCCUUUAUGUGUGCCAUUUUACUGUAAAAGUUUAUAUUUUAGCGGACUUUAGUGCUUUCUCGCGCUUUAUAUUAUGAUUGCGCUAGAUAAAGUUUCUGAAUAUAAUUUUCUAUAACAUUUAAUGUUAGUGUGCUCCAAUUUCAUCAUGCGCUAAUAAACAUUUUAACAGUAAGUAAGUAAUUCUUUCAUUAAUGAAAGCAACAAAUAGCCAUCUUUGAUGGGGAAUGUGUUAUAUAUGAAGAUAACAUGGAGGCUAGUAACACAGAUAUAAAUGAUAUAGUUCUAACUGGGGAUCUAAAUGUAAAUCAGUUAGCCCGAACCCAUAAUUCAAAUUAUCCUGAAAAAAAUAUGACCGUUUACGGACUACACCAAAUGAUGUGGAAGUGAUAAUGAGUGUUGAUUGCACAAUACAUAUAUGCAUAUAUCAUUUGUCAUUUAUUGUAAAUUAUAGUUAUCCAAUAGGUUGUGAAACUUAAGGAAUAAAAGUUGAAUUGUGUAUGUGUGUGUGUAUGUGUAUAUGUGUGUGUGUAGCAUAUUGUAUGUUGUCUCUG